GCUUUGUGACGCACGCCGCGACGUUUCCCAGGCCUAUAAAAGGCCGCACCGGCUUUGGUUUCUUUCAGGAGCCGCCGGCGAGGGGUCAACGAGGAAGCUCUAUAAAUCCCAGCCGGAAAGAAAGAAGUUGAGAUUACAGACAUCCUGCCAAAAUGAUUUCUUCAAAGUCCAGACUUGUCGUACCCUAUGGCCUCAAGACUCUGCUUGAGGGAGUUAGCAGAGCUAUUCUCAAAACCAACCCAUCAAACAUCACCGAAUUUGCAGCAGUUUAUUUUAAAGAACUUAUAUUGUUUAGAGAAGGGAAUAUGUCUCUGGAUAUAAAAGAUCUGGUUAAACAGUUCCAUCAGAUUAAAGUAGAGAAAUGGUCAGAAGGAAUGAUGCUGGAGAAGAAACUAGAACGUUUAAAAGAAUCCGAAGGAACACCUGUGGUCUUCCAAGAGCCUACACGGAUGGAAAAGUGCACAGACACAGAGGAGGACAGUAUUUCGGGGCCACAGUUCACCAACAAAACCACCCAGUUUCCAUUAGUUAGUGCUGAGUGCCUGCAACCUGAGACGGGUGAAGCAGUUCACCGUCCUUCUUCCAAACCAGCCACGCCCAAGGCCACCACCCCACCCCCAUCACCAUCUCCAGCACCCGCCACGGCAGAGUUCGCCUAUAUCCCCGCUGACCCGGCUCAGUUUGCCACUCAGAUGCUAGGUAAUGUUGCAUCUACUCAUUCUCAUGAAUCUGAUGUGUUAAUGGUGGACACAGCAACCAGUAUGCCCGUUUUUAUCGAGGAGGUGCUGAGCACAGAGGUUGCUGAAGAACUGGUGGUGGCCGCUCCUCUGGUGUACCCCGGAGAGGUGCAGGUUGUAAGCCAAGCAUCUGUGCAGGUAGAUGUGGGUUCUAAACCUAAAGACCGUGAGGCUGAACCAUCAGCGGCUUCCUCAGUCCCCUUGCAGGAUGAACAACACCCUCCUGUUCGUGAUCAAGCUCCUCAGGUCACAUCAGCCCUUCACAUAUCAUCUAUAUAUAAUGGUGCGCCUGUCACUGAAGGAGUUGUAGUCAUCCCUGCCACUGAAAUGCAGCAGUUACCAUCAGUGAGUCCCAAACUUGUAGUGUACGAGAUGCCCUCCGGCAUGUGCAAAAACCCUGUAGAGUCUGAGAAACUUGCAGAGUCGCAGACUGCAGAUUACCAGCCCUUAGUCCAUGUGGAGGUAGAAGCUGUAGUAGUGCUCUCUGAUCCCAGUUUUCAAGGCCAGCCGGAGCCACCUGCAGAGCCCCUGGAUGCAGAGGACCUUAUCGAGACAGGCCCUGAAAGGUCUCUGCACCUUGAAGUGGAGAUCAUGUCCAUAGACCCUGACAAACCCGGGCAGGAGUCAGCCCAGGAGACAGAGGGUGAAGCAGCGCCCCCAGGGGCAGCUGCACGAUCAUCUAGUGGCCCCUUCCCUCCUGUGCUAGAAGGUCUUACUGAGCCAUAAAUCCAACCAGAAGGGGAAGCAACAUCUGAACAGGUUUGGUGAGGCCAGCAAUAGCAACAAGCGAAGCAGGACAACCACCACCAUAUUCUAACAACAUGUGGACUCUUUAUUGUCUAACUGAUAUGAAUCAACAAAG